CCUGAGUCCUGAUAGGCGCGUUCGCCACAGGAUGGAGCACAAUUACGCAAGGCUGAUGCUGAUCGCUGGAAUGGGGUCCCCAGCCUCUUAUCCCAAUAUGAUUUAUUAUGUGUUAUUUAAAUAAUUUUUUAAAUAGCUCGGCACUGCUCCUGCUCGCCCACCUAGACAUACAACUUCCCACGAAUACCAAGUAGUAAGUACAUGUGUUCGCAGUCUCGUUCUACUGUGGCUGUCCUGCGACAGACUGGGACAUGGUAUAUAUGCAUCAUCUAGCACCUGUACGCAAUGUCGAACCUAUUGCUUCCUCCCGACGAGUUCUACGAUAGCAGCAGCAGCGUGCGCUCAUCGUACGAGUUUCGCGAGAGCUUCGACAUCGACGAUGCCGACUACGCUGCGGAAUCAGAGCUCCUAGGCUACGGCAAUAAGCCCUAUUUCCUGCUGUACCGCGAACGUGACCCUCUCGUCUCGCGCUUCAUAUCGUCCGUACCCCUACGACUACGUUAUCUGUCGCUGCGCCGUGUAGGAUAUUACCUGCACGUGCUAUUAGGGUUUGUGGCCGCUUUGAUCGUCUUCACCUUCCUCUUCCGCCCUUCCUACUCGCGACCUCCGCCGCAUUACAGAACCUUACAGCACGCAAUCCAGCAGUCGCAGGCGCCUGGGCGAGGGAAUCCGCACAAUGAAAAGGUGUUCAUCGCCAUCAAUCUCUACGACAAGGGCGGCUCCUUGGCUCGCGGGAAAUGGGGGCAGGCGGUGCUAGAGCUGAUUGACCUGCUGGGCGAGGACAACACGUAUCUGAGCAUCUACGAAAACGAUAGCGGCUACGAGGCCGAGCAUGCGCUGUGGGAGUUUGACAAGCAGGUCAAAUGCAACAGUUCGGUGGUGUUUGAACGCCACUAUGACUUCACCGACACCCCGGAGGUGACGCUCGGCGACGGCUCGGUGCGAAAGAGGCGCAUUCCAUAUCUGGCCGAGCUGCGGAACAAAGUCCUGCAGCCGCUAGACGGCGAGCUGGAUAUGAAAUUCGACCGGGUACUAUAUCUGAAUGAUGUUUAUUUCAACCCGAUAGACGCCGUGCAGCUGCUGUUCUCGACGAACACAGGUCUGGAUGGCCGGCCUCACUACCGCGCCGCAUGCGCGGUGGAUUUUGGCAAUUUGCUGAAAUUCUACGACUCCUUUGCCGUGCGAGACUCCCACGGAUACCCAAUUGGAGUGCCUUUCUUCCCAUGGUUUACUUCAGCUGGCCACGCAACCAGUCGCCGGGAUGUGCUAGACGAAAAGGACGCCGUACGCGUCCGCAGCUGCUGGGGCGGCAUCACUGCAUUUGACGCGAAAUACUUGCAGCAGCCCAAGAAAACAAUCACCGAAGAUGAAACCCGUCUUCCCUUCCUGCACAGCGGUCUCGCGGACCGCCGAAUAUAUACAUCGCCUGAAUGGCGAAAGGCCAAAAAUAAUGGCAAGCCUUUGCGUUUCCGAGCAAUCUCGGAUAUGUACUGGGAAGCAUCCGAGAGCUGUCUGAUCCACGCAGACAUCCAAGAACCUUACUCCAAUAUAGACGACAUCAUAGAUACAGGGGUGUAUAUGAACCCGUAUAUCCGAGUAUCAUACGAUUACACUGCAUUCACUUGGCUCGGCUUCGUACGGCGUUUUGAAAGGCUGUUCACGAUACCGAACUGGAUAGCUAACACAGUAUCCGGCCAUCCAGCGCACAACUCGCGUCGCACAGACAUUGCCGGCAAGACAGUCGAGCAGCGAGUGUGGAAGGCUAAUACCAGCCAUACAGACGGGGGUUAUUGGACUAGCCAGAAGCGUAUCGCUCCUCCCGGCAGCUUCUGUGCCCGUCGAGACCUGUUUGUCCUGAUCAGCGAUCGCAAGGAGGGUGAAGAUGGUUGGGAGCCUAUCAAUGUGCCGCGUGACCCUGAUUCCAAGGACUGGAUACAGCCCUGAUCUGUAGAUCGGUAUAUCUUUGGCUUUUUGUAUAGCGUUUUAGCGACCUGCAUAGAUGGUGUAUAUGAACGACUAAUGAUAAUAAUUACUUCCUACCUUCCUCUUCGAUUUAGUUGCCUCGGUUGUAAUCUACGUGUGUAGAACCUACGUAUUCGUGUA